AUGACCAGCGAAUUGCUAGCCACCGAGCCCCCACAAAACCUCUCCUUCCUGAAACUAUCCUUCCCCGCCGACCGCGUCCUGCUCGUCACCAUGAACCGGCCCAAAGACCUUAACUGCAUCAGCCGCCAAGGCUCCACCGACAUGCAGGCCGUAUUCACCUGGUUCGACGCCGAACCCAACCUUACCGUCGCCAUCCUCACCGGCGCCGGUCGAGCGUUCUCCGCCGGCGCUGACCUGAAAGAAUGGAACACGUCAAUGAGCCCGGGGAGCGAUUCCUCCAAGCGAUUAGGCGCUCCGGGUCCGAAGCCCUUCAGUCGGAGGCUCGGGAAGAAGCCCGUGAUCGCGGCGGUGAACGGGUUGGCUGCGGGAGGGGGGACGGAGUUCGCGAUCAAUUGCGACUUGAUCGUCGCGUCGGAGAAGGCGACGUUCGCGUUGCCGGAGGUGAAGCGGGGUGUCUCGCCUUUUGCGGGCGUGCUGCCCCGGUUGAUUCGGAUUGUGGGUUUGCAGAGGGCGUCGGAGUUUGCGUUGACGGGGCGGACCAUGAGUUCGCAGGAAGCGUUUACAUGGGGCUUCGUGAACCAGGUGGUGCCGCAAGAUCAAGUGAUGGACGCGGCGCUGAAGUACGCCACAAUGAUUUCGGAGAACAGUCCAGAUUCGAUCAUUUGCACUCGAGCGGGUUUGCGACAGGGAUGGGAGACGGCCUCGGUGGAUGAUGCGGCGGAGAUAACCGUGCAUGGCGCUUUUGCGAAGCUGCUGGAGGGUGAGAACGUCAAGGAAGGGCUGCGGGCCUUCGCAGAGAAGAGGAAGCCGAGUUGGAAGCCCAGUCGUUUGUGA